AUGAACUAAGCUUCUUCAAAUAUUAGCCAAAAGUAAGAUGUCAAUGAUCAUAAGUUUAUAUGUCUUAUACAUAAUAAACCUGCAAUUUUCUGUCUUAAUUAGUUUUGCCAUGAAUCAAGAUUGCUGUGUCUUAAAUGUUUACAAGAAGGAAAACAUAAUCACUAAUAGAAUAUUCAUUAUUUUUCUGAAAUGUUAGAGUUUCUUGAAAAAAGAAAACCGUAAGUAUUAUCUGUAAUAGAAUAACUUAAUGAAAUAGCAAGCCUUAUUAUGAUUUUACAAAAAGAAUUUAAAAGUAAGUAUGAAAUUUCAGAAGAAGAUGUAUUACAAAUGAAUAAUAAUUAAUUGAAUUCUUAUCUUGAACAUAUGAUAAAAAAUGAAUAAGAAGUUAAUCUACUUUUAAAGUCUCUUAAAUGUUCAUUUAAUUCAUUUAGUGAAACUAUUUAAUAGAGUAGUGAAACUCUUGGAUUAGAUUAAACUGCGUAUUCAUGGUCAAAUUUGAGAUAGAAUUAGAAAGAUAAAAAUAUUAUUAUUUAUGAAAGCAUUGAAAAACCAGAUUAGACUAUGUUAAAUAAUAAUGAUAUCAAAUAACCUCUCAUCUUAAUCUUGAGUAUAGAAGAUUAAGAAUAAUAAUUCCUAAUGAAAUUAUUGUUUUAGAAAAUCUAAAGUUAAUUAAAUUACCCAUUAUAAAUUGCACAUAAUGAAGUAUACUUUAACUUUGCUUUUACAACUUAAUUCCCUGAUUUUUAUGAUUAGAUUGAAAGAGAUAAAUAUAUUACUUAAUUAUAAAAAAUAUUUUGUGAUUUUCAAAAUUAAAUCUCAUCAAUAUUAUUACCAAUUAAUAUGGAAAACAUCAAUAUAAUGAGUAAGAAAUUAUUAAGUAUGAUAAAGUGGAUCCGUAAAUUUAAGGAGAUAAUUAUUUUGGUCAUAAUAAUAUAAGGAAUUAUUGAUGAGAACUUAAUAAAUAACAUAAAAUAGGCUAUGGUUAAACUUUAAUUAAAAGAUAUAUUAUUUUUGAACGAAAAUUCAUAAUCAAAUUAAUUAUUUGAAAUUCUAACUAAACAUUCCUUCCAUAUAAUUGAAAAUGGUUAUAAAUUGGAUUUUUAAGAUACAAUCUUUUAAUAGACAAUAUUAAAUGAUAAACAAUGA